CCAAACUGGAAUGUGAAGGUCACGCAGCCCUACCUUUUCACUUUUUCAUCAUUAAGUCGGUCUAAUAUGACGCUAUCGAAGCUCAACAAAUUAAAUGUUCUGGAGCAGGGAUCUCCAAAGAAAAUUGCGGCGGGAGCCGCCCUGGCUAUUGUUUCAUAUUAUGUUCUUAGAAAGAAAUUGCCUCUUAUUUUUAGCUUAUUGAAAUCCAACAAGAAACCUUCAUCAGAUAGCACGAGGAAACAUAUAGCAGUCAAUAAAGAAUUCUUUCUAAAAUUGAAAUCCCUAGUCAAGUUAAUGAUACCAAGUGUUUUUAGCAAGGAGUUCAUGUUACUAAUGUUACACACUGGAUCUUUGGUCUCCAGAACUUUUUUAUCUAUUUACGUUGCUACACUUGAUGGUCGAAUCGUAAAGACAAUCGUCGAGAAGAAUUUAAGAAAAUUUAUUCUAAUGCUUUCAGUGUGGUUACUUAUAGCAGUACCAGCUACGUUCAUUAACAGCUUAAUAAGAUUUUUAGAAUGUCAAUUGGCACUUGUCUUCAGGACAAGACUUGUUAAGCAUGCAUACAAGAAAUAUUUUAAGAAACAAACUUACUACAGAGUUAGUAAUUUGGAUGGAAGAUUGUCAAAUGCAGAUCAGUGUCUAACAGAAGAUAUAAAUGCCUUUGCCAGCCAUCUAGCACAUUUAUAUUCUCAUUUAACGAAACCAUUUUUGGAUGUAUCAUUGAUGACAUAUAGUCUUCACAGAAUGUCAGCUAGUAAAGGCGUUUACAGUAGAACACCAGCAAUGCUCGGUCUCAUUGUUAUCAUUAUCACUGGUAAGGUACUUAGAGCCGUAUCUCCAAAAUUUGGAACUCUGGUUGCUGAUGAAGCUCAGAAGAAGGGUGACUUACGCUAUAUGCAUUCCAGAAUAAUAACUAAUGCUGAAGAAAUAGCAUUCCUUAAUGGUCAUAAAGUAGAGCAUAACCUUCUUAAAAGAUCUUAUACGGCCUUGAUAAAGCAAAUGGAUAAAAUUUUCUGGAAAAAGUUAUGGUACGUUCAGUUAGAGCAAUUUUUGAUGAAGUAUGUUUGGUCAGCAUCUGGAUUAAUUAUGACUGCAAUUCCUAUAAUGAAUUCUAAGGCUAGAAGAUCCGACGGUCGAUUAAUCGAUGACGACCCAGAUGGAGGAGUGUCAGAAAGAACAAUGAACUUUACUACAGCUAGGAAUUUAUUGACAACUACAGCAGAUGCUGUAGAAAGAAUAAUGAGCUCUUACAAAGAAAUAACUGAAUUGGCCGGUUACACUGAUAGAGUAUCGGAAAUGUUCUCAGUUUUCUCUGAUGUAGCUGAAGGUCGUUACGUAAGAGAAUCUGCAAAUCAACUAGUCGGUGGUGGAACUGUGAUUGCUACCCAUGAUGCUAUAGAAUUAACUAAUGUACCAAUAGUCACACCGAACGGCGAUGUUGUUGUUCCUUCUCUGAACUUGGAGAUUCAAAAAGACAUGCACUUAUUGAUAACCGGUCCUAAUGGCUGUGGAAAAUCGUCCCUAUUUAGAAUUCUAAGCGGAUUGUGGCCAAUAACUGGUGGUUUGAUGAAGACACCCCCUCCAGAAAAAAUGUUUUACAUUCCUCAAAGGCCGUAUAUGACAAUUGGCACUCUCAGGGAUCAAUUAAUUUAUCCAUACACCGGCGAAGAUAUGAAGAAAUUAGGAAUAAAUGACGAUAGUCUUGAUGAAAUAGUAAAGAUUGUAAAACUUAAUCAUGUAGUUGAAAGAGAAGGCGGCUGGGAUGCAAAGGCUGAUUGGAAAGAUGUAUUAUCGGGUGGAGAGAAACAAAGAGUGGGCAUGGCCAGAAUAUUUUUUCACAGGCCUAGGAUUGCUCUCUUGGACGAGUGCACAUCUGCCGUUAGUAUAGACGUCGAAGGAGAUAUUUACGAACGAAUUAAGUCAAUGGGUAUUACUAUGCUUACAAUUACCCACAGACCCUCUUUGUGGAAGUUUCACACUCACGUCCUUCAAUUUGACGGAACUGGUGAAUGGCAACUAGAGAAACUAGAUAAUUCUAGUAGAUUGACCCUAAACGAAGAGAAAAAGAAAUUGGAAGAGCAGUUAAGGGAUAUUCCCCUAAUUCAAACCAGAUUAAAGGAUGUUUGUACUAUGUUAGGCGACGAUAUUCCAACCCAAUUAACUGAAUAGUAAAUAAUAAUAAUAAAAAAAAAACAAAUUUUAGGAUUUAUUUUUUUUCCUCCCGUUUAAAAUAGCAACUUUUAUUUAUAAAAUCGGAUUAAAAGGCAACUUUUAUAAAUAUAAAUACUUCUACCCGGCUUUAGGAAAUGGAUUACCAUUCAAUUUAAUACAAUUCCGUUUUCAAUUUUAAAAAAAAAUGUGCUCACGUGCCGGAGAUUAUAAUUACUUUACAUGAUUUAACAACUGUUAAUUUGUAUUGAAUGUAUUUUGGUAUUGUGAUUGAAUAAAUCAUCAAUUGUUAUUGCAUGAUAAAAAAAAAUAUCUCGAAUUAGCUCUAAACGCCUCGUAAAACCGAUGUAAUAAAUAACAGGGGGAUUUUUUUUUUUAUUACAAUCAUAAUAGGUAUUGGGAGAAUAAUUAUUUGUCCUGAAUUUAGAUACCCUCAAGAUUAAUUUUUCAAUGGUCUAGCAUUAUAUAAAAAAGUAAAUGAGAUUGUGAGUUUAUCCAAUAAGAUUUGUAACUAAACUUGCCGUUUAAAUUAAGUCUAGAAAAGUAGACUAGAAAAAAAUCAAUUAAACUA